GUUUUGUAACCUCUGGCUUGCCGUAGCUUGAUUUUUCCUUAAGAAACACGAAAACUGGGAAUGUUGACUUAUGGGAGACUGGCUAAGUUGGCGCUGCCGGUGGCUGUGCCUGGCACUCUUUACCUCAUGUCAGGAACAGUUUUUGCUGCCAGUGAUACCAAAGAAAGUGAUCCUUCAUUGAUGGUCGAUGAGCUUUCUCUCUAUACCUCCCCACACUCUCAAGUGAAUUAUGUGGAGGCAGAAGUUGGCCACGUGGAGCAGGGUGUAUCAGUGCUGAGGAAAUCAGCAGAGCCGUACACAAAAUGGUGUCAGGAAAAGACAACUUAUGCUCUGGACAAAACAGAGGAGUUUUAUAAGACUGUAGAGCCUGGUGUUGAUACAUCUCUAAGGACUAUAAAAGACACCUAUGAUUUUCUGAAUGAUCCUCCACCCGAGUUCUACCCAAGUGUUGGUGUUGUGGGUUUCUCUGGAAUCCUUGGACUUUACCUCGCCAAAGGCUGCAGAGUAAAAAGGCUGCUUUUUCCUGGUGGGCUGAUGACUCUGAGUGCCUCCCUGUUUUAUCCACAGCACGCUGCUUAUGUGGUUAAGGCAGGCAAAGAACAAAUAUCCAGCUGGGGUUCACAGGGGCGCAUACUUUUUCAGGGUCUGUGGAAGGGAAAAUCAUCUGCCAAGGAGGAGGUGAGGCCACAGGAAGUUAGUUCUUAAAAUGAACAAAGAUCAGAGGUUAGCAAGGAGAAAGCAGUAAGUGUUGUGUAUGUCCCCCUCUUAUGCACUCUGGUCUUUAAAAUACACCUUUCGGUUAUAAACAAAAUGUCCUGCUUAGUUUAUUGAUAAAACAGUCAAACAUUUACGGGGAUGCGGAACUAUCUCAAGCGUGUACUUUAUGCAAAUAUUCUGCAAACCGUUGCUUUUGCAAUAUAUGUUUCUUGCAACAUAUGCAUGAAACUCUUAACCUUGCUGGUGGAUAUUUUAAGAGGUUUACAUUGACACUGAUUACUCGCAUGGGUUGUGCAAUGGGGAGUGCAACAGAUCUAGAAGUUAUGAACAGCAGUUCUGUGCAUCAUAUGGAUAAGUGAAGAUGGUCCUCUAAUGGUUUAAUUCAUACAGUAUUUUUUAAGCCACUGUCAUUGUUAUUGCAACAGAUUGAUGUUUAUAUCAGUUAACAUUGUGUUAAUUUGUAUUACUUGUACAGAUAUUUAAAGAAUGGAAUAUGAAUUGAUUUUCUAGCCAGGCAGUGUUUAUUUUUUCAGUAAACCUUCUUUGUUAAAAUUACAGUUUGAUGUAAAGUUUGAUAUGUUAAUAUCAUGGUUUGAUCUUUAAAUGUGUAUAUGUAUUUAUAAUUUAAGAUACUGUGUGAUUUACUUGGUGUUUCCUAAUGCAUCAGUGAGCAUGCUCAGAUACACUUGUAAUAAAAUCAGACUAAGCUUGUUAAAGAAUUACUAUAAUUUUUCUCCCUGAGGGAUUCGACUAGGAUGGUAAUAAUCCUAAUUUUUUCACAUAAUAUUUACCUGCAGUUUCAGCAUUUUCAUUUUGGCUCUUAUAAUUAGUUAUUUACACUAUCAUUCAGAAUUUUGGGAUCACCUCUCAAUUAGAGUUGUGAAUCUUUGAGGUGACAACGAUUCAUUGUUUUUUUCGAUUCUAUUCAAAAAUUGUUCCAUGAAUUAAAAACAAUUUGGUUUGAUUCGAUACAAUAAAAAGCGAUUUGAUUCGAUUCAGCAGUUCAGGCAUCUUUAUGAAUUAUUAGAAUGAAUUAAGUUUAUUGAUAUAAUGGAAUGAACUAACAGCCUUAAUAAAUAUUUGUCAUAUUCUCUACAACUUGAAAAAAAAUUACUUCAGUAAUAUUUAUAACAGCAAAAUUAGACUAAAUUACCUGAUAGAGACUAUACUUGCAAUACAAACAAGGGUGUGUUGUCUAAUGAUGAUACGAGUCAGAGAUGAUAUGGAAAAAAAAUUAAGAUAAUCCUUUAUUAGUCCCACAAUGGGGAAAUUCACAGUGCUACAGCAUCAAAGGGAUAGCAAAGCACUCAAGAAAAGAAGUAACAAGAAGAGAAUUAACAAACAAAGUAAUAAGCCUUGUUAAUUACUUAACAAGGUUACUGUUUGUUACGUUUUACUGUAUAGACAAUAUAUAUAAAUACUAAAUAUAUGUAAUGUAAACUCUGUCCUUCAUAAACUCUAUUCACAAAAAUGAACAAUAUAAACAAUUAUAAAUAAAAAAAGCGAAACAUAUUUACACUGUAAGGAUAUUUUACCAAAAUUGCAUGUGGAGGAACAGUGAUGAGUUAACAAUAUAAACAUAAGCUAUUUCAAAUGAUUUAGCCACAUGUUGCUCACUCAACAUAGGAGUCACAAGAUAUUUCAGGGGGGUUGUGAUUUGGUAGAAAGGCUUAUAUUUAUAAACAGUAUAUAUUUAUAUCAGUCUCUGGCAGUAAUGACAGCACCUCUGCUGCUCUGCAUAUAAGUGAUGCGCUUUGUCUGUCUUUCCAAAUAAAGAGCUUUGUUUGGUUCUUUUCUGCA